GUCCUCGUACUAUUUAUUAGGCAUCCAUUUCUUAAUACUCGGAGAACGUUCAUAUUCAUAUUACACUUCCAAAAAUACUCAUUACUCACAAAAGAGGAGAGAUAGGAGAGAGAGAAUAACAGCAAAAUCUGCAAAUCGUGAGAUGUUGAAUGAUGAUGACAUGAUGAGUGAUGUUUGGGGAGGCCCUCUUUGAACUCCCCAAGUUUUAACUGCUUUUGUUGCUGCUGAUUUCUGGGAUUAAUUUUUAGGAAAAAGUGUUGAUUGUGGGAAAUUAUAUGGGCAACAAGAUAAAUUAUCUGGGUUUCUUUCAAUCAAUCAGCUUUUUCUGGGAAUUCUUUUAGCAUCAAUUGUCACUCUUUUAAUUGGUCCUCCUGUGAAAGUUAAACUGGUAAAUUUCUGAAUUUCUUUAAAAAGUUCAGUUCUUUCCUUUUUAUUUUCUUUCUGUUGUUGUGUGAAUUUCAUGAAAAUAAGAUGUGGGCAUAAUGGUUUGUAUUCAUUGUUUUGGGUAUUUUUCACUUCUAGUUUAAUUUAUACUUGAAUUUGCGAGGUUUCUAUGGAGAUUUUCGGUUUUCUGCAAAGCCCCAAACAAAAUGGAACAAAAGGUGAAUGGAUAUUUUUAUCUAGCUCCUGUGGCUGUUCUAUUAAGGGCUAGUUAAAGUGUUCAAUGUUCAAGCUUUCAAGCAUCAGUGAAUUAGUCUACAGGGAAAAGGCGCGGUUGUUAUUCAGGCUUCUCAUCAGUUUAGGAAAGUGGUUGUGAGCAGAUCAUCUGCAUAAGUGUUGAAUCCCUUUCGGGGGCAAAUCUCCUUUGGCAAUAUAGUUCUGGUUUUUAACCAGAACAUCAAUAUCAUUAUAUUUAUCCGACGAUUCAGCCUCUCACGGGCAAAUCUCCUUUGGCAAUAUAAACUGUGUUUUGAAAGAAGCUAUAUUCUUUCAGCAUAGAUUUAUACAAAUAUAUACAAAACCUACUUUACUUAGCUCUUUAGGGCAAAUCUCCUUUGGCAAAAUAGUAUUCACAAUUCAGCUGAGUGACUCUUCGCAAGAGAGGUUAUCAUCUGUUGGCUAGUGACUGUUACUCCUAUCUGUUUGCUUGUCGCCUAUCCCGGCUAUAGGGCAAAUCUCCUUUGGCAAUAUUCAGUCCAAUUUGUUGGGCAAAUCUCCUUUGGCAAUAUUCAGUCCAAUUUGUUGGGCAAAUCUCCUUUGGCAAUAUUCAGUCCAAUUUUGUUGGGCAAAUCUCCUUUGGCAGCUAGAGUCAUAAACUGACUCUCAUUAUCUUCAAGGACAAAUCUCCUUUGGCAUUCUAUCUCCAGUUGGAGAUACUAAUCUAUCCCUCGCUCUCCACAGUGGAAGUAAAUCCACUAGAACUUACUGUCAUCAGGUUACUGCAGGGAAUUCAAAUUAUUUUCACAGUUUAUUAAGCCAAUCGUGGUUACUGAAUUAGAAGAAACAAGGAUCAUGACAAUGGAAAUGUUUGGUGAUUCUGAUGUUGAGAGUUUCAGUGAGACCAGCAGUGAUGAUCAAGAUGAUAUCUUUUCCAUCUAUGGCGGACAUGCUCAGAGUAUCUUGUCUAAUCUUGAGGACAGCAUAGAAAAAAUAGAUGAUUUCCUGUCAUUUGAGAGAGGGUUCUCGCAUGGUGAUAUCGUACGCUCCACAGGAAAUCCAUCUGGACAAAUGGGUAAAAUAGUGAAUAUCAGAAUGUCAGUUGAUCUUGAAAAUGUUUUCGGUGAAGUCAGAAAAGAUGUCAAUACUGAAAAACUAUUGAAGAUGAGAUCCUUGUUGGUUGGGGAUUAUGUGAUUCACGGUCCAUGGCUUGGAAGAGUGGAGAAAGUGGUUGACAAUGUUGGUAUUAUAUUUGAUGAUGGAACAAAGUGUGAAAUCUUGGCAACUGACCAAGCACAGUUGUUGCCACUUUCUCCCAAUUUACUCGAUGAUUCACUUUAUCCCUAUCACCCUGGACAAAGAGUAAGAGUUAGUAAUCCUAUGGGGUUAAAAUCUGCUGGAUGGUUAUGCAGGAUGUCCAAAAAGAAUCAACACGAGGGAACUGUGUUUUCUGUUGAUGUGGGACUUGCAUACAUUGACUGGAUUUCCUCUGCUAUAAUUGGUGUUUGCAUGACCUUACCGCCUCCAACCCGUUUGCAAGACCCGAAAAACUUGACAAUGUUAUCGCACAUCUCUCAUGCUGACUGGCAACUUGGUGACUGGUGUGUCCUUCCACCAGAAACUGGAUUGCAAAGAAGGGACUUGAAUUCAAAUUUUGAUGAGAUUUUUUCAAUUGGAAAGAAAAAAAUCAAAGUUGAUAUCAUGUGGCAAGAUGGUAGUUGCUCGAUGGGGCUAGAUUCAUAUACUAUCUUCCCAGUAUGUGUUUUGAAUGCGCAUGAUUUUUUCCCUGAACAGUUUGUUUUGGAGAAAAACAGUUCUGAUGAUCUGGUUGCUCCAGUAAGUCAAAGAUGGGGAGUUGUUCGAUGUGUGGACGCAAAUGAGAGGACUGUGAAAGUGAAAUGGGAAAGUACCGACGGUGUUACUAUAGGUGUAAAUGAGUGGAAAAUGGAGGAGACUGUGAGCGCUUACGAAUUGGUUGAGCACCCUGAUUUCUCCUUUAACAUUGGUGACAUUGUGUUCAUGUCAGAUAAGAACCAUUUUUCUGACCAGUUGAACAAAAUGAGUAUGGAGGAUUGCACUACAUUCGGAAGUGAGAAUUGUAAUGCUUAUUUGAGUGAAACCCAGAAGAAACAUUUCUUGUCCUGUAUCGGCUAUGUUGUUGGCUUCAAAAAUGGAGAUAUUGAGGUGGAAUGGGCUAGUGGAGUCUCAACAAAGGUUGCUCCUUACAAGAUACUAUGCAUGGAAAAGGAUGAUGGAUCAGUUGCAACUCAUCUUUUCCAAGAAAGAAAUGUUUCUGAAUCCAGUGAUGAGAUGGCUAACUAUGAGAUACAAUCUGCGAACCAUCAGGAGUCAUCAGACAGUUCUGGUAUCACUGCUGUAAACUGUCAAAGCGACCAUAGAAGUUCUCAUUUCUUCAGCCUUUCUCAAGCUGCUAUGGGAUUCUUUUCUAGUAUUGCUGUGAAUUUCUUCAGAUCACAUGAUUCGUCGUUCCUACCACAACACAUCUCAUGUGCCCAUAUAAUUGACGAAAGCAAAAUUGGAAGUUUUUGCGAGGAAAAUAUUGUCAAAUCUUGUGAUAUGUACCCAGAUAUCCACUCUGUGGAAUUCAGUGACUUUGAUGCUUAUGGUAGCAUGAAUCUGAAGGACAAAGUUGAAAAGAACUCAGAGAAUAUUGAACUACUGCCUGUAGCUAAAACAAAAGGCUUAAAACAGUUUAAACAGUUCGACAUUGUGGAUGAUUGCUCUGACCAUCACUUUGCUGCUGCUGCUGAUGGCAAGGGAUCAGCAUUGUCUCAGAUGAGAAAAGGUUGGUUGAAGAAGAUUCAGCAGGAAUGGAGCAUUCUAGAGAAAGACCUUCCAGAAACAAUUUACGUUCGUAUUUACGAGGAAAGAAUGGAUUUGCUUCGUGUAGCCAUUGUUGGUGCUCUUGGGACUCCCUACCAUGAUGGCCUUUUCUUCUUUGAUAUACAGUUUCCCCCUGAUUAUCCUCAUGUACCCCCUAUGGUGCAUUACCAUUCUGGUGGUUUACGUCUGAAUCCAAACCUUUACGAGUCAGGAAAGGUGUGUCUCAGCCUCCUCAACACGUGGACUGGCACAGGAUCUGAAGUGUGGAAUCCAGGAAGCUCGACUAUUCUUCAAGUCCUCCUCUCUCUUCAGGCCCUUGUCCUUAAUGAAAAACCCUAUUUUAAUGAGGCAGGCUAUGAUGAACAGAUAGGUGGAGCUGAGGGAGAGAAGAACUCUGUCAGCUACAACGAAAGUGCUUACCUGGGUACUUGCAAAUCUAUGCUAUACCAAUUGCGAAAGCCACUCAAGCAUUUUGAUGAGCUGGUGGAGGAGCACUUUGAAAGACGUUAUCAGCAUAUUCUAUCAGCUUGCAAGGCUUAUAUGGAGGGGGCACAUAUUGGUUUCUGUACCAAAGUUGAUCAUGAAAAGGGAAACUCCAUGGGUUUCAAGAUUAUGCUAGCUAAGCUCUUUCCCAAACUUGUGCAAGCCUUUUCUGACAAAGGAAUCGAUUGCAGCCACUUUCUCGAGUCAGAGAAAUGAAAACCUGGUGACAGAACACUCAACAGUGUUGGCCAGUGAGACUAUCUCGCGGUGUUAAAAGUCAUCGUUUGUACAACAUGUAUGAUAGAAAUUUAUUUGUUGUGAGCAUAUGACGAGAGUUGCGUGAAAGUUGUGUGUAAGAUAGGUGAAUAAUAUGGAAAAAUUGUAGUGUGAAAUUUACUUUUGCCUGUGUGUACUUGUCAAGUGUGGAUAGUAUAUUUACGCUGCGUCUGUAAUGGUCCGUCUGUUUUCUGUAAGAACUCUAUACUUUCAGGGUAGAGUGUGUUUCCUACUCCCUAAUUGUAAUAUAUGAAGAAUUCAAGUGUGAAAUAAAAGAAAGUUGAUGUAUGAUUAUUA